AUGGACUUGAGUUUUGAAUUUGCGCGGGCAUGUCAUACCAUGUUUUUGUUCUUGGUUAUUUUCUAUCUUUGUUUGAAGUUGGCUCAUACUAUUCAGUCUAGCUUGGAUCUAUCGUGUGAAAAUCUUUUACCGGGACAGUACAUCUGUGACUCCCCUCUCAUAGACGAGCUUACCCAGCAGCCAAGGAAUUGCUCUCUCUUUUUGAAAGCUCCAGUUAACUGCAAACCGGCUCCAGGAAUCCAUUGUAGUGGGAAGCUUUACAGUGGUACAGAAAUUGGUUUUCAAAAGCUAAUAGAUUGCCGUCGAGUGACUGGAUAUAAGUUUGAUCUGGCAUUAUUGCUUUCAGUAUUUGGUGGACUGUUUGGCUUAGACCGAUUUUAUCUUGGGUACCCAGCUCUGGGUUGCUUGAAAUUCUUCACAUUCGGUGGCUUCGGUCUCUGGUAUCUCAUCGAUAUACUACUGAUUUCGGUUGAAUUUCAAGUUAGCAUUGAACAUGGUUACUGUUGUUUGUCUUUGUCUAAUUUGGAACGUUAAACUGUUGUAUGUUGUACUCAAUGAAAUAUGAUUCGAGUUGAAAUCCUGAGUAUUCUUGCACAUAUUUGGCAAAAUAUCUUUAAAAAUGUAAUGCGACAAAAUGAUUUAAAUAUCCAAGGAGUUUCGUCCCAUACUCAAUAUACAUUUAAAACUGAAACCUUUCGAGAUUGGUUGUUCGUAUCAUGUAACCCAAUAUGUGGAUAGGUGAUUAUAAGCAGGCUUCCAGAUUCUUAGGGAAAGGGUCGAGAUUUUAUGGUAGUGACCAAAAACACCCGUUGAAAGGCUCGUGAAAAAUCAUUCAAAUGAAUGUAAUUUGUUGAUGUUCUCAAAAGAUUAAACUGUUUUGCUUACCCUUAUUUCAUGUGCUGAUACGGGGUGAUUUUAGUUUACUUUAUCUCCUUGGAUUAAUCUCUUACUCAAAUAGUUUCAGGUAAAGACAAAAAGAUGUAAGGCUUUUGGACGUCUUCAACAAAAUUCUAAGAAUGGUUAUCUAUUUCGCGCCUUCCAAAAGUAAAUGCUCAGCUAGUCUAUACCGACAACUAAGAUUAGAGAAGCAACUGAAUGAGUUUAUCAAGAGUAGGAAAUCAGAUAGGUGUACAGACCACCUAUUUGCAGAGUCGCCUCACCUUUCGUUCCCGACAAGAUCAUAGCACAGGUACAAUAAUUCGAUUCAACAAUUGUUCACAUAGUAUCAACUCGAUAUUUGCCUGAGUAUAUUGCAUCAGUGUUUGAUAAGCUGUAUAAUUUGUAGGUUCUCAGUCAUAUGCUACAUCACACCACCGCUGAAGUUUAAGCCACCGUGUUAGCAGUGUUAAACAGACUUCGAUUGCAGAUAGGAAGAACGUAUUGGUCGAAAAUUUGCUAGAUCACCACUGGCUGACAUGGGUUGGCUAUUUGACAGUCAUACAAACUCACUGGGUCUAUAAACCAAACUUGUUAAAGUAGAAUUAGAAAAAAUAAAACCUAGAUAUUUAUUUACUGGUACAUAUUCGCUACAAGAUGUCGUCAUCAUCAUUCCCUAGAUGCAGGGUAUUAGGGAAUGAUGGUA